CACGAGGAUUUGUCCACAAAGUAGAAAACCCAGAAGUCUAUCAGCACCAAUCGGCCGGCACCUGUCUCCGUAUGAACCAGCCAGAGCCUACAAAUUGCUAGAACCGCUUAACUCUUGUGGCCGUUUCUUCGUCAGCUCAGUCGUCAUCCGCCCAAUUCCUCUGAGACGAUGGUGCAAUGCAUGACGUCACCCGUCCGGCACCCAAAAUGGGCAGAGACGAGAAGCUCCUUCCUCCACGACUCUGCUUAUUUUAUUGGAUGGAAAUGGACUGGAAACCCCCCUCAAUAAAUCUUCCUACAAACUUCCAAACACAAGGGAUCCACUGGUUCUUACGUAUUCCCAUUGAGCAGUAACCUCUCAGGAUAUAAAUCCCACUGCGAUUUAGUUCUUCUUCCUCUUCUCAGCAGACGGUUCAUUCAUUAUUCAUUACUACUCCACCUGGUGAUCACUCUCGGUAGGCUUUUCUUCUUUCUUUUACCCCCCAUUAAUCGUUCAAAUUUGAUAGCUUUCUGUGGAGUACUGCCCAUUUCCUUUCAUGGGUGGGGAAUAUCUUGGAUUGGAUUUGAUUUUGUUACCUUUCUUUGAACUGUGACUAGUUCUAACUUUGCGCCCAAUUGAUUAUCACGACAGGCAAAUAUGGACCCUCGAUGCUACUUGCUGCUUCUAGUAAUUGCAUCAGGAGCUGUGCUGGGAAAUGGGUACAAUCUGAAAUCCGCAACUUUUCUGUCUCCUGGGUUUGUACUAGGACCCGGUUCCGUGGAGAAUCGAUUCUACACGAGCAUCGAUUUCCCUACUGGUCAUAUCGGUAUCAAGAGCUUCGAUGCUGAAGUUGUUGAUGAAGCUGGGAACUCCAUCCCUCUCCACGAAACUUACCUUCAUCACUGGGUUCUGGCAAGGUACCAGGCUUCAAAGAGUAACAACAGGUCUCAUACGGUUGUAAGGAACAGUGGGAUAUGUCAGGGAGAUACUCUCGGCCAGUACUAUGGACUUGGGUCUGAAACCAGGAAGACACCCACACAAGUUCCCGAUCCUUAUGGUAUUGAGGUUGGGAAUCCUGCUGAGAUUCCACAAGGGUAUGAAGAGAAGUGGUUGUUGAACAUCCAUGCCAUCGAUACGAGGGGAGUUGUGGAUCGAUUGGGGUGUACAGAAUGUCUGUGUGAGUUGUACAAUGUGACGAAAGAUGAGUCUUUGCGUUCUGACUACAAGGGAGGUCUGCAUUGUUGUGUUGAUCAUACUCAGUGUAGGGUAAAAGAAGGGUUUCAGGCUGUGAGGAGGAGUCUGUAUCUCAGGUAUACGGUGAAAUGGGUCGACUGGGACAGCGAGAUUCUUCCUGUGAAGAUCUUUAUCUUUGAUGUCACUGAUACUGGGGAAAGGCAGGUUGGUUCUUCCACAGCAGAAGGUCAAGGAAAUGGUUGCAAGGUUGAGUAUGACGUUGAGCCAUGUAAUGCACAUGGCUGGUGUGUGGACGUCAAGAGGACAAAUGUGGUUCUGCCAACAACUGGUUAUGUCGUAUACGGUGUUGCCCACCAGCAUACUGGUGGAAUUGGUUCGACUCUGUAUGGAAAGGAUGGACAAGUUGUAUGCAACUCAGUUCCAAUGUAUGGAACAGGAGACGAGCCUGGGAACGAGGCUGGUUACAUAGUAGGCAUGAGCACUUGCUACCCCGAGCCAGGGUCGUUGAAGCUAACAGCUGGGGAAGAGCUCGUUCUGGAAUCGAACUAUUCGAGCACCAACACCAGAGGGCACACCGGAGUUAUGGGGCUCUUCUACUUAAUGGUUGCAGACCAAGCACCACCACCACCCAUAAGUUUGCUCCACCAUUCUGUUUCUGUAUUCGAUGGAUCUAGUGAAUGGACUUGGACAAUCCUUUCUCUGUUAGGAUUGGCGGUUGUUGCUGUUGCUGUUGGCUUCAGCAUUUGGCUGAAGAAGCGGAGGGAAACUGAAGAUGGGUACCAUGUAAUUAUGGCGUAGAGGGGAAAAGGAGUGAUCUCCUUGUAUACUUGCUGUCUAUUAUCAUAGAUGAGCAUUUUUAGUUAUAUGUUUACAAGUAGAGAUGUGAUGGCUGAGAAUAAAGUGAUGUUGGAAAGUGAGACUAGGAUUGAACCAAUUUGCAGUGGUGAGAUAUACAUCAUAUUGAACCCAGCGGCGGAUCCUGAAAUUCUACAUAGAGGUGUCCUCUUCAAAAAUUAAAUUAAAUAUUAAAAUUAAAUUAAAUAAUUAUUAAAUAUAAAAAUAUCUAACUAAUAAAAGUUACAUUAAAAGUUCAGACAUGUUUCGUAAAAUGGUAAAAUACAUUCGGUGUCUAUAUUGCUCAACAAUGAUCUUUCGAUAUAUCCUACUAGAAAAGGGUAUCCAGUAAUUGGGUUUAAUCGUUAGGUUUUAAAAAUAAUUUGGGAUAAGAAUAACAUUUUACUAUUAUAUUUGGAUCUAGAACACAAUAACAAAUGAGUUGUAGUGUAAUUGAAAAUAUGUUUACUAAUAGUGGCAGUGUCUCAAGUUUAAAUCACAUAAACUACUACUAAAAUAUUAUUUGUACUAAUACGCAAACUAAUAUGGGAGGUUAGAUAAUCGUUUCCCAAAUUUUAAGGGUGUCCCACUACCACUUAAAUAUUUUUUUUCUCAUAUACAAACUACUAUCGGAGGUUGACUAAUCGUGUUUCCAAACAGGACACCCCUAGACAUGCAUGUAUCCGCCCCUGAUUGAACCUAACUGUUGAGAUAGUAACGAUGAAAAAUGGGCUGAUUAUAAAUGCAGAUGAUAAAGACCUGCAAGAUGGAAAAGGUCUUGUCGUUCGCUUCUCGCUAGAAGCUGAAUAUAGCGUCAUAAGUGAUGACUAGUACCGUCGUUGAACUCCUCUGGUUGCAAUGACUCUUCCAAAUGAACUUGGUCCACCUCAAUUUCAACCAAACCACACUUCACAUUGUUGCUAAACUCUGUAUUUUAUGAACGCACCAAACAUGUAGAUAUGGAUUGCUAUAUCAUUAAUGAACAAUUGAUCUCACUUGACAUAAUAUCUACUGUCCAAAUUAGACAUUUACAAUCUUCAUGCACCAACUUGAAGAGAAGUGUAGGAGACAACAACCAUACACGCAGCAAUUACUACCCAUAAUCGUACUAAUUAUCAUUCCUCAUAUUGCUCAGGCCACCAUCAUUUACUCCGCCCACAACCAACGCCUACCUUCCCCUCCAUGUUCUUCAUUAAUUCCCUCCAAUAUCACCUUAUCUAUUGUAAACCAUGUGCGACUAGGUGCUAGCAUUUACUCUUUCUUUUCUCGGUUGGAUUCAGUCCUUAAGUCUAAAACUUAAGGAGUUUCUUAAGUUUUUAUUGGCCAAUAGGAAAAAGAGAGAAAAAGUGAUGUCUGACCACCUAAAAGAGCAAUAAAAGAUAUAUUAAAUAUUGGUAUUUAAUAGUUCCAAAUUAAAAAUCAAAAUUUGUGAUUAGUAUUUUAUGUUUAAAAAAAAGGAAAUUAAAAAUAUUCACACUCUCUCUUCAAUUCCCAAUGACAUUAUUAAAGUUUUGCAAUUACAUUAUCAAUGAUUAUGAAGUAUAUUAUUAUUGAUAUACCACAUCAUUAUCAACAAUUCCAGUAUACUUAUCAACAUUUUAUGAUUAUAUUAUUAACGAAUUUAGUUCAAUUGCUAGCGAUUUAUAUUUUCAUUAUCAAUGCUUAUUAAUGAAUUAUUAAAGUUAUG